AUGUUAAGGCUAAGGGCUACAUCGCAUAAUUACGAUCGCAGUGUAAAACGUCGUUAUGAGAGUGACCGUCGACGUUCUAGAAGCGUAGAGCAUCACCGUCGUAGCCGUCGUAGUCGAUCCGAUUCCCGGGACCGUUAUCGGUCCCAUUCACGGGACCGAUAUCGUCACGGUUCGAGAAAUCGAUCUGUGGUCCGUGGUCGAGUGUCGUACCGCAAAUCGCCGUCCUCCAGCCAUUCUCGGACCCGAAUCCGGGUUGAUUCUCCGGAACCGACUCGCUGUCUAGGAGUGUUUGGAUUAAGUGUAUAUACGACGGAGCCCUACUUGAUCGACAUUUUCUGUCACUUCGGAACGGUGGAGAAAGCGAUUGUGAUAUAUGACGCUAAGACCAGACUGUCGCGUGGCUUUGGGUUUGUGUAUUUCAAGACGGAACAGGAAGCUACGAUGGCUCGAAUGCAUUGUAACGGGUUGGAGAUGCAUGGCCGCAGAAUACGAGUAGAUUAUUCUAUCACCGAGCAACCGCACGCUCCCACUCCCGGAAUUUACAUGGGAAGAAAGACUGGAAGCCGUUCCUUAUCUCCUCGAUAUAAUUCACGCAAAGAACAUCGUCGCAGCCGGCGUUCUCGGUCUUAUUCGCAUUCGUCGUAUGAUAGCCGUUAG